AUUUAUUUAUUUUUUCCUUUUAAUUCUCUUCAUGUCGAUUCCACCUCUUUCUCCUUCAUCAAGGCAAUUCAUGCAACAACCUUCACCUACAUCUCCUUCUUAUGCAGAACAUAAAAGAACACUCUUGGACGAUGUGAAAAAUUGGUCUGAACAAAAAGUAACAGAGUGGUUGUCUAAUCAAGCCUUGGGUCGAUUUAGUCAAAAGUUUAUAGAACACAACAUCUCGGGCUCUGUCUUACUGGACGUAGAUUAUGAAGCGUUGAAAGCCAUGGAUAUAAAGACAGUGGGAGAACGAGUGCGUCUAUUGACUGCCAUUAAAGCACUACGACAAGAAUGUUAUCUAGCUGCUUCUUUAGCAGCUAGAAUACCUGCUCGAGAUAAUAGAGGAUUAUUAACUCCAGCUACAGACAAACAUGAAGGAUUUAACAUGACGGAAGCCAAUACGAAACCCUCUAAAUCGUCAGAGACAUCAAGUGCUAAAAGUCUAUUAAAUCGAUCCAAUUCGUUUUCACGGUUUUUAGGCAGAUCUGAAUCCAAGCGAUCUCAGCGUAAUGCGAGUGUGGCUACCAUACAGCCAGCCAACCCAUCCCCUACACAACAACAAACUCCACCUACCAAUUCAGAUAUCUAUUCACUCAGUCCAUCAAGUCCCAAGACACUUCAAAAGAGAAUAUCGUUGGAAGGUGGUAUCAUGUCUAUGGAAAAAGUAAAGCAGACAUGCGUCAAAGUGUUUGGUGAAGAUGGCCAGACGCGUAUUGUGAAUGUCCAUACAGCUAAUGAAUCCAAACAAAUUAUGGCUAAAGUACUUCACAAAUUUGGUAUUGACGAAUCCAAUGCAGACAGUUAUUGUAUAUUUGUAGGCUCUAGUACGAAUGGCGAAGCCCGUGCUUUGUCUGAUACUGAAUUAGUCGAGAUUUGUCGGUCCGUCGAUCGCCCUGAAAAAGAACGCUUAAUUUUACGUAAAAGGCACUUGUACCCCACACAUGAACAGUUCAAACGCAAAGGGACGAUUAACACUAGCCAUCGACGCCCACUCUAUCAAUGGCAACAGGCCAGUGCCAGUUCAAUCAAAGACACCUUGGACAGUUCACGGAGUCGCCGACGUUUCUUUGGUGAACGACCACCUUCCGAAAUCAUCUCGAAUAACCUCCAUUCGUUCUUUCCCAACCAUAAUCGUGAAGUAUUGGAAACAGCGGGUAUUAAAGCACAGAGAUUGUCCAUGACCAGAAGAAAUUCGGCUUUAAGUCGAUUUGAGCCACGUACUUAUCGAAACAGUGUCUUGCCUGAAUUAGUGUCUGUUUUGGGUGUGGAUCUAGAUAAAUUCUUAGAAGAAGAAGAACAAGAGUUUGUGGUGAGUCCGAGUAUUAGUAGUAGCAGCAGUAGUAGUAGUAGCAGUGGCGACGAUGGCAGUGGUCUAUCGAGUGAUGAUGAUGAAGGAGAAGAGAAAAAAAUGGUCGCUGAAAAACAGAGCAUCAAGAUUGAUACCCCAGUCACCACCAAUGUGGAUAAAUCCAAUGAGACUGAAAUGACACGUAACAGAACAUCCAGUUUACCCGUUAAACCAUUAGAACUCGAGAAUGUGCCUGUGAUUCGUGAACCUGUAGGGACACCUAAACCUAAAUUACCAGAUACUUGGAUGAAGGGAUCGUUGAUUGGAAGAGGCACAUUUGGGGAUGUCUAUUUGGGUCUAAACCCAAUCAGUGGUGAACUCAUGGCUGUCAAACAAGUCGAAUUACCUGUGGAAAAUUCCGCUAGUGAAGAACGUAAAAAAUCCAUGAUCAGGUCCCUGCGUCGAGAGAUUGAAUUAUUGCAAGAUUUAGAGCAUGAAAACAUUGUACAGUAUUUAGGGCACAAGACGGAUGAAUCGUAUUUCAGUAUUUUCUUGGAAUAUGUGCCUGGUGGAUCUGUAGCUGGUUUACUCUCGAGUUACGGUGCAUUUCAAGAGCCUUUAGUCAAUAGUUUUGUGAGACAAAUUCUAAAAGGUCUGAGUUAUUUGCAUGGUAAAGAUAUUGUUCAUCGUGAUAUUAAGGGUGCCAAUGUAUUGGUGGACAAUAAGGGAGGUGUCAAGAUUACUGACUUUGGUAUUUCCAAGAAAGUGGAAGAAGAGAUGGGCACACAUGCAGCACAUCGACCCAGUCUACAGGGUUCUAUCUAUUGGAUGGCACCCGAAGUCGUCAAACAGACACAUUAUACCAUGAAGGCUGAUAUUUGGUCUUUGGGUUGUAUGGUAGUAGAAAUGUUUACAGGCGAUCACCCAUUUCCUGAAUAUUCACAAAUGCAAGCCAUUUUCCAGAUUGGCUGUUAUACUUCACCCAAUAUUCCCCCUAAUUUGAGUCAAGAAGCACAAGACUUUUUAAAGUGUACAUUCCAAUUAAAUCAUGAAGAAAGGCCUUCUGCAGAGGAAUUAUUAAAGCACCCUUUUCUUCAUGAAUCUCAAGAAGAAGAAUUGAUAUUGGAAGGUACUUUUUCAAAUGAAAAUUAAAGUUACUGUAGCACAUACGCUUUUUUGUGAAUAAAGUUUUUUUUUUUUUUU